GGUUGACAUCUUACCUAGGUGUCAUUUCAUUGCACGGUGCUAUAUAGUGCAUGAUUAAACAUUUCACCACUGUGUAGGUUUUAGGAUAGACGGAUGUUCUUUGUCUUCGUACAGGGCCUGGAGGGACUACCUAGGAAAAGAAAUAUUACAAAACUGGCACCUUAUCAAUCAGAAUGAAGACCAUUUCUGUCUUCUAUUGUCUUCUUUAUGCUGUUGUGAUAGAGGGAGCAGACAUCUACGCAGAGGGAUUGGAGGGGGGAGAAGUCUCGUUCCGGUGUUCACACAGACUUGCUUGGAAAAACGAUAAAUACCUCUGUAAGGAUCUAUGUAAAGGCAAACAGGAUAUAUUGGUUACUGUGCAAUCUGGUGGAAGAGCAGUGUCAGGGAGGAUAACUCUAGUGGAUACAGGGGACGGAGUCUUCACUGUGACCUUCAGUCAACUCCAGCUGUCGGACGUAGGGAGAUACUGGUGCUCAGUGGACAGGCCUGGCUUGGAUACAUUCACUGCAGUGCACCUUACCGUAAAGGAAGCUCUUCCAAAUGAGACAACAACUGUCAUAUCUAACCUUGAAUCUGGACUGCCCACGUUGACAUAUCAGAAUAUUUCCAACUCAACAGAAUUACCAUCUGAAGUGGAUACCAGUGGGCCUGCAAACCUUUCAACUGCCUCAAACAGCACUAAUGGAGGAGGACAGAACACCAGCACAGGGGCUGAAUUGUACGCUACUAUUGGGGUUGUUGCCGUACUGACUAUCUUGAUGCUGGCAGUGAUUAUCAGGAACUGCAGAGAAACCUUGAAUUCUCAGCCACAAGUUUGCUCCAACAGCAAAGACCUCAGCAGUGCAGAUGUGAAAGAGGUUGACUGUGAGUACGAUGACAUUGGUGGGGAAGUGCAGUUACAAAAAAAAAUAUCAAAGAGGCUCUCUUGUACUCAUCAGCCAAAGCAGGACCCGGCAACACCUGCCUCUUCAGCAGCUGAAUGUAACGCCUCCCUGCAUAUCUAUGAAAACAUCAGCUGUGCCAAAGGUACAGCACAUUCAAGAUGCUCAGCCACAAACAACAGAGGCGAGCAUGACCCAAGCUCUGGGAUCUACAUCAAACCUUUGCCUCCUUUAUCUGAAAGAGCUGCUGAAGGCUGUCUUAAAUCUACAGCAACUACAAGUGCGACAAGCCAAAACACAGAGAGCUGCACAAGCAAAGCUCUCCACUUCCCGUCUCGCAGUGAUUCCACAGAAGUGAAGCCCAGAUCACUUUGGUUUGGUUUGGAUUUAUCAGGAGUAGUGUGA